AGCUGCUGCUGCUGCAAUUUAGCUAAAAUCUGUCGACAGUCUGUAAAUCGAAAUGGAGAAAAAUGCAAACCUGCAUCGAGACACUGACGGAAGCUCAUUGUGUGCCACGAUUGCAGCAGAGAUGGGCGAUGUUGCGAUUGUCGGCGGAGUGAAAGGAACAGCCGAGAAAUGCAAGAAUAGUGAGGCACCUCUCAGUACUUUGGUUAACGUUAGUUGUAAUGACAGCACCACAAAUGUUGGUGCUCCCAGCGCCGUUAAUGACACGUCCAGUGCUGGGAAGUCCGACGUGCCAGAAGCGGUCGAAGUCCUUUCCGCACAGGAGGGUAAGAAGAAGGACACCGAGGCGAUAGGAUCGUGGUCGGGGUCCGGGGAUCAGAUCAGUAACGGGAUGGGGCAUGAGUCGGUGCUGGCUGCAGAAGAUAGAGAGGGUGGUGCCUCAAAGUUAGUAAACAACAAAACCGAUGGCCCGUCCUCACCUCCCGCUAAGGAGAGCACAGAUGUGGGGGGUGAGGUUUUGGCAUGUGGAAAUAGUGAACCGACAAAACUUGCCAAGCCGACUCAUCUGUGUCCGGACAAUGCAAUCACAACAGACGUCAAACCGGGGCUGUCCGGUGAUCGCAGCUUAUCGGAGGGAUUGCCGAGUGGGAGUGACCCCGAUCCCAGUCUCGGUGGUGAGUCCCGAAGCAUAGAUUCACUUGAGUCCUUCUCCAACCUCAAUUCCUGCCCUAGCUCCGACCUCAACAGUGAGGGACUGGAGGAGAGAGGGCUGGCCCUGGCCCUGCAGAGCGAGUAUGGGGCUGAUGGGACAAAGACUUCGUGCACUAAGGACCGGGCCGCUGGCCAGUCCAUAUACCACAUCAAGUGGAUCAAAUGGAGGGAGGAGAAUACACCGAUCAUCACCCAGAAUGAGAACGGCCCCUGUCCAUUACUGGCAAUUAUGAAUGUCCUUCUGCUUGCAUGGAAGGUUAAGAUGCCACCCAUGAUGGAAAUUAUAACUGCUGAGCAACUCAUGGAGUAUCUUGGAGACUACAUUCUGGAAACGAAGCCUAAAGAGAUAUCAGAGGCUCAGCGGCUAAACUAUGAGCAGAACAUGAGUGAUGCCAUGGCCGUGUUGCAUAAGCUGCAGACAGGUCUGGAUGUGAAUGUUAAAUUCACCGGGGUGCGAGUCUUUGAGUACACCCCAGAAUGCAUUGUGUUUGAUCUGCUGGACAUCCCCCUUUACCACGGCUGGCUGGUUGACCCCCAGAUGCAUGACAUUGUCAAGGCAGUGGGAAACUGCAGCUACAACCAGCUGGUGGAGAAGAUAAUAUCCUGCAAACAGUCAGACAACAGCGAACUGGCAGGUGAAGGCAUUGUAGCAGAGCAGUUUCUGAGCAGCACAGCCACUCAGCUGACGUACCAUGGCUUAUGUGAGCUCACAUCCACUGUACAGGAGGGAGAGCUCUGUGUCUUUUUCAGGAAUAACCACUUCAGCACUAUGAUCAAAUUCAAGGGCCAGCUGUACCUCCUGGUUACAGACCAAGGUUUCCUGACGGAGGAGAAGGUCGUCUGGGAGAGUCUGCACAACGUUGAUGGGGAUGGCAACUUCUGUGAUUCAGAGUUCCGGUUGCGGCCUCCCUCUGAUCCAGAGACUGUGUACCGCGGCCAACAGGAUCAGAUAGACCAGGACUAUCUGAUGGCGCUGUCGCUGCAGCAGGAGCAGCAAAGCCAGGACCUGCAGUGGGAGCAACUCCCCGAGGGCAUCAGUGACCUAGAGCUGGCAAAAAAGCUUCAGGAGGAGGAGGACCGACGAGCCUCCCAGUACUACCAGGAGCAAGAGCAAGAGCAGGCGGCAGCAGCACAGGCACAGCAGGGCCAGCAGGAACCUGCCGAGGGAGAUGAGGCUGAAAGAGGAGGUGCAGGAGCAGGUGGAGCAGCAGCCGGCGCUGGGACGGUGGCAGCAGCUGGAGCCACACCCAGCCCGGGAAAACAGUCCUCUAGUGGGGAGCGCAAAGCCAAGAAAGAAUCAAAGGAUAAAGACAAAUGUGUUAUUUUGUAACAUACAGUGUGUCUGUGUGAGUGUGCGUGUGAGUGUUUUGUGCAUUUGCUUAUCUGUGAGCACGGGGACAGCAUUUGUUUCUCCAUGGACUGGACACACAACGCUGAGCCCCCACUUGAUGACAAACAAGGGAAGGAGACGAUUGAGGGGAGACGCAACAAGACUAACAGUGGAUCUGCUGUUCCCAAACCACUGGUGCCUGCUAACCUCUAAACCUAGACAUCAGAGGAAGGGACACUACAACAACAACUACCCCUUAUCUUUCAUAGAGUCAGCCAAACUUUGUUACAAGUUGCACAGUGCACUAUAUUUGUGAUGUGGGGUCAAGUUUAUCUGGGGUGGUAUAUUUUAUAGCAAAAGACAUAAUCUGAAGAAACAAAAUGUCACACUUUCACCGUGUUCUUUUCCAAAAGCAUCAUUCAUUUCACUCAUUUUUCAUUAUUGCAGCUUAUAAGCUUUUUUGUACUCAUCAAUAUUGACGAAGCAUAUUAGACAAACUCACUUUUUUGAUUUUUGUUGAGUUUUUUAAGUUAGCUGUCAAUGCCAAGAUUCACAUUUUAUUUAUAUAUCUGUGUAACAGGUAGCUUUUGGGAGCAGUUUUAUGUUUUUUUUUUUGUGUAAGAUGAAAGGGAUUCUCUCAUAAUAUUGCCUGUUAGAAUUCAGUGUAACAUUAUUUGUGUCCCCUCUGAAUCACUAUGUACCUAAGGGUUACUUCAUGCCAGAUAGCUGCCAGAUACUGUAGCUUCGUAACAAUACUCAUCACAGCUUGCCCUGUUCAGAUUUGCCUUAAGAAUGGCAGUGUUGUAUUCUGCUCUGUUUGAAUGUGAAUGUUUGUUUGUCUUCAUGUGUAUGUUAUGUACAGUACACGUGUGCUAUGUGGUAUAAUGGCGUGCGGUAUACGUGUUACAUGUCUCAUUUACUCAGCAUCACUGAUGUAACAAGUUUCAAAUUGGAAAUAGCCAAAUCUUUGACGCUGUAUUAGUUAAGCUACACAUUUAUGAGAUUUCUUUUAUGUUGUGAUUCUAUUUCACAAAAAAACAUGUUUGGGACAGUGAGACUUAGGAAAGCAUUGCAGAUUUUAAUUGACAAGUCUUUUUCUGAAUCUGAUGUUGUUUCUGUGUGAGACACAACUAGCUUUUGGCAGAUUAGAUUUGUAUUAGAUCGCACCCAAUUUAGAGUGCAUGGUAGUUCUGAAAGGCCCCUUUCUUUCUCACAGUCUCUUCUGGCAGCUUCCUGGAGAGAUGCAGUGUGUG